AUGGAGUUUAUGCGCGACCGCUUCGGAUGGGCUUCGGGCAAUGCCGGCAGUGCCCAUGCACCGUCUCGCAUUGGGAGUGACAAGGAAGCUCAAAGCAUGGUGGACCUCUUGUCCAAGACGAGUUUCUCGGAGAAAGAGGACCAUGUCCAGUUUCGGAAUUUGGCACGGGGCCCAAUGACAGGUCCCGCCGAUGUGGCAGGCGGAGAUCUCUUUGAGCGAGCUUUCAUGGACUCGCAGCCUGCUGCAAUUGGGACAAAUGAAUUUUUCCGGGAGCAGAGCCCGUGGAUGGAGCAUUCGGAUUCCCUGAGUGAGCUACCGAAUGAGCAAAUCUCGCAACCGAGAAGAGGGAGGCGGUCCACUCCCUCAUCCAGGCGCGUAAGCUUAAAACGUAUGGACACUGAUUUCGGCGCCGUUGUCAACCAGAGCAAGCUGAUGGGUUCUCUAGCACAUCCUUACUCUGCCACGGAUUCUUUUUCACCAACCAGCCCCUCGAUCUUCGGGUUUGGCUUACCGGUUCCCGCCUUACACACCCACAGCAGCAAAUGGAAUCCCGUCUCACAGGCCGUCUUUAGAACCGAGUCCAAAGCACCAUGGACCAUUCUGGCAGCCAAUGACCUGUCCUGUCUCGUAUUUGGUGUCACACAAGCGGAACUCCGCAAACUCAGUAUCCUAGAAGUUGUACAGAAGGAUCGGAGAGAAUGGUUGGAGUCCAAGCUGAGAGACCCGUCCACUGAUGUCGCAGCGAAGCUUCAGUCCUCGCAGGAUCGACACCGUAACAAACCGGUAAACACAAGAUCCAUGGGAUUGGGGAACGGGGUCACGGCACAACUUCUCAGUAAACCGCCUUCUCGAACCCGGCGAGCUCAAACGGACGACGGUUACGGCUCUAGCACACGUCCUACGCGGCACUUGAACCACGUUGCCACCAAAUCUCGUGGCGUUUUGCUGUGCGGCGAUGUCGUACCUAUCCUCAAGCGCGACGGGGCCAAAGGAUCUGCCAGUGUCUGGGUAAUGGAGAAACGAGGAGGGCUCAUCUGGGUCCUUGAGGAGAUUCAAGAGGACGUCGCCUAUGUUCGUUGUGACGAGUCAUGGACGAUCACCGAUGUGAACGGAGACACAGACAAAAUCUGGGGCCAAGGCGUGGUCAAGCCUGGACGGCCGGUUACGGAACUUCUUCCUCGUAUUCCCAAAGAAUGUCUUCAAGGUCCGAUCGACGAAGGCCUGAAGAGGAUUUCCGACAUGAAACAUUUCGCUGCCCAGACUGCGACUGGCACAUGUUUCCCAGCUACCGUGGCCAAGGAUGAAGGCCGGGGUUGUCUGCGCAUAUCAAGUUUUCCGCACGUUGCUGGGAUGAUGGUUUUAGCAUCGUCGACAUUGAAGGUCAUCAGCUCUAAUUCAGUGUUUUCCUCCGCGUUGUUUGGCCAGGAGCGACCAGAGGGUCUUCACAUAAACGAAUUGAUUCCCGGGUUUGACGAGCUUCUCGAUGUACUGACUGAGGAGGAGAAAGUACCCCUUGUGGAUGGCGUCGUGAUCCCUGAGCCUAGCUUUCGAAGAGCACGCACGCUUUCUAUUCUCCGGGAUGGGAAGGCGAACGUGGCCUCAGUCUUCCUAGAGCCGACUGGACUUGCUGCCAACCAUCGAGAUGGCUCGACCAUCGCGGUGGACGUUCAGCUGCGGGUAGUCAAAAGCGGCACCAUCUUCCCCAAGCCACGGGAUGACAAACUGCGGGAGGAGAAUUCUGACAGUCAUCAUGACGCCGACCCGGAGCACCACGACACCGUCGCUGUCACCGAGCUAGUUUAUGCGCUGUGGAUUACGUAUUCGCGACAUAUACAUUCUUCCGGCGUAACUCCAAACCUCUCCUCUCCUCAACAAGCAGCUUCCCCUCACACAGAAACCCCCUCGGCGUUUGAUCCCCCAGCGGCUUCCAGUUCCCAACCCCUCAGCACAGAGCGGACUUCGGUGGAAACCAACAUACCCACGUCCACCUUGACGCAGCAACUCAGCGAGGCUGCGUCGGAACCCCUCACGGAUAAGCCCGUGCAACCAGUUCCGGAGGUACGACCGGCAGACGCCAAGGAACCUCCGAAGAAACGAACGAUUUCCGACUAUGCGAUUCUUGAAGAAAUGGGUCAGGGUGCCUACGGUGAAGUUAAGCUCGCUCGCUUGAAGAAGAACCCUUCGAAGAAAGUUGUCUUGAAAUAUGUUACGAAAAAGAGGAUCCUUGUGGACACCUGGACGCGUGAUCGCCGUCUGGGCACGGUCCCCCUGGAAAUCCACGUUUUAGAUUACUUGCGACGAGACGGCUUUAAACAUCCCAACAUAGUGGAGAUGGAAGGCUUUUUUGAGGAUGACAUCAAUUAUUACAUUGAAAUGAGGCCACAUGGACUGCCCGGAAUGGACCUUUUCGACUAUAUCGAGUUGAAGGCGAACAUGGACGAAUCGGAAUGCAGAAACAUCUUCCGCCAGGUUGUGGAAGCGAUCCACCAUCUUCACACAAAAGCCCUAGUGGUGCACCGCGAUAUCAAGGAUGAAAAUGUGAUUCUCGACGGGGAAGGCCGAAUCAAACUGAUCGAUUUUGGAAGCGCUGCGUACAUCAAGAACGGACCGUUUGAUGUCUUUGUUGGGACCAUUGAUUACGCUGCACCUGAAGUUCUUCAGGGCAAAUCUUAUCGCGGCAAAGAGCAGGAUAUUUGGGCCCUUGGAAUUCUUCUCUAUACGAUUGUCUACAAGGAGAAUCCUUUCUAUAACGUCGACGAGAUCCUGGACCAUCCCCUUCGAAUUCCGUUCUUGCCCUUCUCGGAGGAUUGCAUCGACUUGAUCCGGCGAAUGCUAGACCGCGAUGUCGACAACCGCCUGACCGUCACGGAGAUCAUGGAACAUCCGUGGAUGAUUGACAACUGA